AUGUUUCCGCAACAUUUCACCCAUUUCCGCCUCUGUUCGCUUAUUUCCGCCUCUGCUCGCUUAUUUCCGCCUCUGCUCGUGCAUUUCCUUCAAUUGUCACCAAAUUCCAAGCGCGGCCCUAAAUUUGAAGAAAACCGAACAGACGAAAUAAUGGCGAUAUACAAACUUAUAUCUAUCUAUCUAUCUAUCUAUCUAUCUAUCUAUCUAUCUUUCAUACACUACAUAUAUCUAUCUAUCUAUCUAUCUAUCUAUCUAUCUAUCUAUAUCUAUCUAAUACCUUUCCUAUAUAAUUUUUUCUUUCUUUUCUAUCUAUCUAUAUAUCUGUCGUUAUUUCUAUCUAUCUAUCUAUCUAUCUAUCUAUCUAUCUAUCUAUCUAUCUAUCCAUCUAUCUAUCUUUCUAUUUAUGACAAAUAUAUAUUAUCUAUCUAUCUAUCAGAGUUUUAUCUAUCUAAAUCUUUUGUGUUACAUUGUUAUCUAUCUAUCUAUCUAUCUAUCAAAAUCUGUUCAUCAUCUAUCUAUCUAUCUAUCUAUCUAUCUAUCUAUCUAAAAAAUCUAUCUAUCUAUCACAGUUUAUUCUUUAUUCAUUCAUAUAUCUAUCUAUCUAUCUAUCUAUCUAUCUAUCUAUCUAUCUAUCUAUCCCAUUUAAUAAAAACAGAGAUUUAUAAAUCUAUCUAUCUAUAUAAUAUCUAUCUAUAUAUUCUAUCUAUCUUAUUUCUUUUAAAAUCUUUUUUAUUUUUACAUUCUAUCUAUCUAUCUAUCUAUCUAUCUAUCUAA